CUUCCAGUCCAACCAUAUCGCCGACACAGCCCUCCUCCCUCGCAAUCUUCGAUUCCUUCUGCACACAACCGCACUCCUCGCCAGUCUCAGCUGCUUUUGCACUUCACCACCGUUUAGUCAGCGUAUUCCGGAUACGGCCUGUUCAACCUUUGCGACCAGCUCCGUCAGCCAAGUCUCGGACUUCGCUCUUCACGACGCCUAUACUGUUCCGUCCACAUUCAGUGUGGCCUGCAAUCCUCCACGCCGGCGUGGGUACGUACAUCCACCACUUGGACGACGUCUGACCACCGCUCCGGCCCACAACUACCUGGAGCCCUGCCUUACCUACUGUCCGGAUGGAAAAGUAAAAAAAUGGGAGAACUAUCUGCCAGCCCUGUUCCACCUGAUAUAAUGGAGCGCCGCUCUGUAGCACUCUCACGGCCCAGCCCAGGCAUGGUCGUGCAAGAGGGCGGAGACGGUUUCAAAGAAGAGCUCUCUCGACUAUACAACCCCGCCGAGAGCAAUGCUGCAGAACAGCUCGUCGAACUUAAGAGCACCUUGAGAACCGCUGAUAUCGACAGCUUCUGGUCUCUUCUCACCAAAGGUCUUGCACGCAUUGCUGAUGCCCAGUACGCAUUCGUCUCGAAAAGGAUCUUGGUCGACGAUAAGAAUGUCGCGGUGGAGAUGCCACCGAUCGGAGAGCCCGGGUCAUGUCUAAUGGGAGAAGCCUUCUACAUCAACGAUGACCAAGGCAAUGGUCCUGGUCACCUUCGCAACUUCAAGUACCAUGCAUACCAAUGCCCUUGUGCCUACAUGAAGCACGAUAAGAUCUUUGUUAUCCCAGAACGACUGAACGAAUUUAUUGUCAACAACCCGAACGAUUUGAUCGUUCCUGGAGAGGCCUACCUUGGAAUUCCACUUUUUGCCGAAGGAAAAUGCUUUGCACACUUUGGAGUAAUGUGGGGAAAGGAGGGGGCUGCCAGGCGUACAUUGAGUUGGGGCUUUCUCGAGACGCUAUUCCAUGCUUUGGAGGAUAUGAUCCUUGAGCGAGUCAUUGAAGGAAACAAUUUUGCUAAAUCUGCACAGCCUGUUCAAACAGAACAGUGCAAGGUCGUCCCACACGAGGCCAUCUCGGUUGCCCAGUCCUUGAAGCCCUACGCCAGAAGCUUAUCUCAUGAGCUGAGGACUCCCAUGCAAGGAGUUGUUGGCAUGCUCGACGUCAUGAUGGCGAACGUGAAAGAAGCAUCAGAAACCAUGGACAUCGAUGUACGAACUCGCCGAAUGCUCGAUACUCUGAAGGAAAACAUCGAAGCUGUGCAAGAUAGUUCAAGUCGUGCUGUUGAGGCGGCUGACAACGUAGUUCACGCUUACGAUAUGAACAUGGGUGUUCCAGAGACACCUGUAUCGCCGCUGGACAAGACCCCCAAUCAGUGGAACACUUUCUGGCGAGAAGCUCAACCAGAGUUUUUCGCUGCGGCCAACAACGUCGCUCAACAACGGCAACGUGGCGUGAAGAGGCGGAGGGAAGACUACACAUGGGGAGAGAACCAAACUCGCGUAGUACGUCCCAUCCGACGCCGAACCCGAGACACCUUUUCCGAAGAGCCUCCUACUCGUGGAUCGAUAUCUUGUCCUCCGCGUGCUAGCUUGAAAGAGAUGGAGAAACUGGAGAGGUGCCAAGGUCGCUGCGGUAGCUCAACAAGCUUUCCAAGAUUCGUUGCUGGGCAUCAGAAGACUUCAAGCCUUCGUCACACCAAUCUCAGGGAGGUUCUGCACUAUGUGAUCACAGAUGCACUCAAGGUCGGUGGACGACCAGACUCUGCGAUCGCUGAAGCAAUAGACAAUGGCGAACGAAUUGAGGUGCGGACACGGAGCUCAAAUGGGGAAGCAUCCACUAAAUGGGUUGAAUGGAGCGUGUCCCCAGACGUGCCGGACUCGAUACUGAUCGACGAAAAAGAUCUCGCCAAGGUGGUGUCUUGCGUGACCUUGAACGCCAUCAAGUUCACACAGAACGGUACAAUUACACUGGAAGCCACACUAAGUACAAAGGGACGUUACGUCGUUAUCAACGUCAAGGACACUGGAUCUGGAAUUCCUGCAGCUUUCCUGCCCAACUUAUUCAAGCCUUUCUCUAGAGAAGAUGACUCGACAACUCGACAGAGCGAAGGCCUUGGACUAGGACUGAUGGUAGCCAAGGGCCUCGCAAGGAAGCUGGGUGGCGAUCUAUUCUGCCUGCGCUCACACGUAACCGGUCCCAAGAAGGGAUCAGAGUUCGAGUUGCGCGUUCCACUUACAGCGGGCGAGGUUUGUAGCCGGCCGUCGUCACCAUUCGAUUCGCCCACUCCCUCCAUUCGAGCUCGCAUGUCUGUCGAACCCGAAAUUCCUCACCUUGAAGAUUCACGAGAGCCAAUCACACCACCACUUUCUUUAGAGCCUUUCGUGGGCGACCUUGAACGUAAAGUACCUGUUACAAUACUGGACACACCAACCGUUGUCGUUCACCCAACACCGUCGUCGAACGUUCUAGGGCUCCUCUCCCCGCACCGGAUGUCAUCUCCUCUUCGACAGCUAUCGAAGGAGCCCGCCGGCAAACCAGCUGCGAUACCUAAGCUCGCCGAGGAGCUGCCUCUGAAUAUUCUUGUUGUUGACGAUAAUGCCAUCAACAGGCGCGUGUUGAUGAACAUGCUCAACAGGCUGGGCUACAAGAACGUCGAGACAGCUUUCAACGGUAUCGACGCUAUCGAAGUUAUGCACCGCAACGCCUUCGCUCCUGCUUCUAAGGCCAUUGACGUUGUUCUUAUGGACCUCUGGAUGCCACACCUCGAUGGCUUCCAGGCAGCCGAGAGCAUUCUUUGCAUGCCAGAACUGCAAAGCAAUGGCCGCACGCCUACCAUCCUGGCUGUGACUGCCGACGUCACAGACGCUGCGCUCGACAAGGCAGCCAAGAGCGGCAUGAAGGGCUAUGUCACCAAGCCCUUCGUGACCAGGGAUCUCGUCAGAUUGAUCCGGACGUACUGCGCGACUCGAGAGUCGUAGAGCCUCUGGCACACUUCACUUCGUUUAAGACAUGAACAAUGUCUUGGUUUUAUUUACAACUAUAUAAUCAGCAUUCGAUGUACAAAGACCUGGGACAUCUGGGUCAAAAAUCCUAUGGCGCAUGGAAUGGGUAUGGGCAUGAUGAUCAUGAUAGCGUUUUGCAAGACCGGCGAAGUUAUCCCGGCACUCGGUUUGAUUCCCCCUGGCCUUUAGGCCUCGUUGCAGCUCUGCGACGACUGCACUGCUGCACUGCUGCACUGGCAAUUGUUGCGUAUCUAACACAAACAAUUACAUCAUCAC